AUGGUUGGUCAAAUCAUCCACUACGGAUGCAAAAAAGGCUACCAGCUGACCGACGACAACCCCAAGCUGAUUCGGUGCCCUCAACCGCCCGUCGUCAAGACCGGCAAACUGGACGGAAACGGGAAAAAGGAAUAUUCAAAUUUGGAUUCCGUCAAAUACGAAUGCGAUUUCGGAUUCCGCAUGACGGGCGAAGACCGGGUGGCGUGCACUUUUUCGGGAGAUUGGGAAGAUCAGAUACCGACGUGCGUCCGAGCCAUUUGUCUGUCUGUCGACAUACUGGAAGACGGAAUCAUCACGCCCGUCUAUCCGCCGUCGGAUGGACAGAAGACGGGCCGCCAACAGCGCCCAAUGGCAUUGAAAUUCUCCUGUCAAGACGAAUACGAUUUGGUGGGCAGCGCGUUGGCCGAAUGCACGUCGACGGGCGACUGGAAUCAUCCGUUUCCGGCUUGUGUUCCGUGGCCGUACGAGUCUCCGCCGAUCCCACCGAAUAUCCGUUGCGAUCCCGGCUUUCGAUUACUCGGAUCCAAUUUGACUUGUGGUCCGGCCGGCAUUUGGAAAGGAAAAGCGGAAUGUGAAGCUCAGCUGUGUUCUCUUCCGAAACAACUGUCAACUGGGAAAGCAGUCAUCGGUGAUUUCAAAUUCAAGCAACCGCUGAAAAGUUCGUACGGGUUUGGCGAGACGAUCCAGUUCAGUUGCCGGCUGGGCUAUGUGCUGGAAGACCCCCAAAUGUCUGCACUAACCUGCGCCGAUGAUGGACAAUGGGACGAGCAGAAGAUUCCAGUUUGUCAACCCAUUCGCUGCCCAGAUGUCCAGGUGCCGAAACAUGGAACUGUCAGCGGAACGAGCUCAAUUCUGGACAGCCGGAUUACUUUCAGCUGCCAGGAAGGAUAUCAACUGAAUGGGGAGGAGCAAAUCACUUGCAGGCCGGACGGCACUUGGUCGCAUCCAGCAAUGCCCGUCUGUGCGACUCGUUCGUGCGGCGAUCCUCCGAAUAUCGACAAUGGAUUUGCCGUCGUCCGCGGCACAGGAGUCGGUGAUACGAUUUCCUACUCCUGUCAGACCGGACAUCGCCUUUCUGGUACGCAAAUGAAAUGA